AUGUCCUCGUCGACUGACAGCAAUGCGACCAAUGGACAACAAGUUCCAGGCUUAUCUGUCACCUCCUUGGUGUCAGCCAUGAAUUCUGGAUCCAGUGUUGAAAAGCUCAAGGCCAGGAUCAUUUCGACUGAUAAGCUAAUGCAGCUAUUGAACAAAAAGGUCAAAGAAUGUGAGACGCUUCAACAACAAGUCAACACCUUGAAAGAGGAUUUAGAGCGUGAAAAGAAGCUGCGAGAGGAGAAAGAAGACAAGUUCAAUGAGGAACGACUUGAGAUGCAGAUCGAUAAUGACAUGCUCAAAGCAGACUUGGAAGAGAAGGAUGAAGAGAUUGCACAACUACGAGCACGUGUUGCUACCGCCGCAGUAACAGCUCCACCAUCACCAUCAUCUAUUCCAGCACCAGCAUCAUCAUCAUCAUCAUCAUCAUUUGAACCUUCACGAUCAACACCAAUUGUACAAGAUAACUCACUAGUAUUCCAAGAGAUUGAAAACCUCAAGAAAGGAAUGCUUGCCCUCCAAACUCAGUUCUUUGAACAUAUCAAACAAUGCACCCACCCACCAGUUACACAAUCCAACCAUCAAUCCAUAUCCAAUUCUAUACCAUCAACUAUUCCACCAUCAACAGCACCUCCACCACAACCAGACAUGAUGAUCACUGAUGCCAUGGACAUGUCUCAAGACAAAGCAACCUCACCUGCUGCAGCCUCAAAAUCAAGAACCAGCAAACCAUCUUCUGGUCUGAAGCCAUCUUCGCUACGUUUGCGAGCAUCAACUAUUACUACUACGGCAAAGACGAGGGAGAAUCCACCUGUUUCUCAGCAGCAGCAGCAGCAGCAGCAGCAGCAGCAUGAAUCAAUUCAAUCAUCAGCUAUAACGAAUCCUCGAAAGGAUACGAAUGAUUCAGGCUUGAAGCCAUCUUCGCUACGUCCUCGAGCAUCGGUUGCUCCUAUAACGACAAGAAGAAAAGAUAAUCCACCUGCUUCUCAGCAACAACAUGAUCCGAGUCAAUCGCCAGUUACAACAAAUCCGCAAAAGGAAGCGAAUGAGGCGGGUGAACAACGUUUGAACGGCCUCAUUGUACCAAAACCCAAUAUGAAUCGACCGAACAAUGUACGCGAGCAUGUGGUUUAUGAACGAGAAAUCCGAAAGGGAGCAAAGAUCUUGAGUAAAAAGGGGCUGGCAGCGACGUCUUCUUCCUCUUCUUCGUCGACCAAAAAGAAUGUGCAAUUGGCCUCUCCCUCAAAGCGGAAAACGCCUGAGAGUGAUCUUGAACCAGAUCCAGUACGCAGACCCCUACGCGUCAUUGAACCAGAACAAAGACAUCCUUCUUCACAACCCAAUUCAACUACAACCCCUUCAUCAUCAUCAGCAUCCACAUCUUCAACUCCACCACCACCACCACCACCAUCAUCAUCAGCCGUUGCAAAGCCUUCCACUGCAUCAGUGAAACCAUCACCAAAGAUUGCUCAAAAUUCAGAUAUCAUUGAUAAGAUUGUGACGGAGGAGCCUGAAUGGGUGAUGAUCCAACUUGGAGACAUACAAAAGAAUCACUAUCCUGUUCACACCAAGGCUGGCAUGAAAACCUUCUUUGUUGAAAUGGAGACGUUUUACGAGAAAUUGCAGUCUUUCAGCGCUGUCAACUUGAAGAAUGCCAAAGUGGUCCCUUAUGGUCCAUCCGGCGGUGUCACCAUGACAUGUCCCACAGUGAUCCAUCACAAGGAACAAAAGAUGGCCUGGUUUAUCUUUGUAUUUGGCAAAAAGAAUGCAUCUAUCAACUUUAUUCCAAAGUGUAUCAAAUGGGCAUCCAGCCUAGCAGCACAAGCCGUCAAGGCCAAGAAACUAAGUCAAGCAUGUCGAUACGCUCGUCUCAUCACUCUUCUUUGCAAGAAUACCGAUCGCAUGGAACCCGUUCAAGUGUUUUGCUAUAAUCUACUUCGAUCGAUCCCUUGGCAGGAGCCGACGACUCAAUGCUAUCCCUGGAUCAUUCUUAAUGUGGCCGUUAUCUGGAGGGAAGCGUUAGAAUUCUCAGCAGGUCAAUCUCAAGGUGGUGCUGAUCUUAUCAUGCGUUCUAUGCAAACUGCAACCAUGGAGCUAUGCAAGCGGAAUCCAAAAUGGCUUAUCGAGGUGUACAAUCCGCUUGUCAAUGUGUGUGAUUGGCCAUUCCCUGCUGAUAGUCUUUCGGGUAUGGGCCGUCUCAAUGAACUUGUGGCUCUUAUUUCACAACCAGAAAUCCGGCAGCUGGCAACUGUCAAUCAAAGAAUGUAUGACACCCUUCUUUUCAACGUUCAAAAGGCAUUCGAGUUGUCCAUGUGCUCUCAACCAUUCAAGGUACAACGUCAAUUUGUUCAAGAUGUCUUAUGGCCCAAGGUGAUACAAGAAGAUGUGGUCGGUAAUGUGAUUAAUUUGAUCGCUUCAACGGCGGCCUUUGAGAUCGAUGAGAAGCCCACCAAGGGAAGAAGAAGAGGCAGUAUUACAUCAGGAGAAGUGAAAGAAAUGUUGAAAAUGCGAGAGGAAACCAUUGCACGAUUCAGAACAUUCCUCAUGGCCAAGAGCUUUACAGAUUAUGAUAUCAAGCUCCAAACAGCAGCAGCAAAGGGGUUGCUUCUAUUAUCCUGCAACGACAAGGGUGAUCGAGCUCGUGUUGUCGAUUGGUCGAACAAUGUUAAAGCCCAUUUCUUGAAGCAAGCAUCCUAA